UUGAAGGUCACCUUUGUUUACAUAUGUCAUUCAACAAUGGCUAAGCGGUUUACUUCCAAAUGGCGAGAGUCAGCAAGCUUAAUUAUUUUAGCAAAAGAUAAAACCAAUCAAGAUUUUCUGUGCGAUUAUAAAGUGUUGUUAUUCAAUCGAGCUCAAAAGGCAUCAUUCUAUCCAAACUCGGCGGUCUUUCCUGGAGGUGUCCAUGAGAGUAGCGAUGCUUCGCCCCUGUGGCUGGACCAUAUAAAUAGUUUCAGAAACACAAAAGAUUUAAAUCUAUUCCAUUGUAAAAAACCACGGCCAAAUAUUUUUACAAAUAAUAUUGAUCAGGAGAUUCCAAGGGACAUAUCGCUGCGCAUUACUGCCAUACGAGAAACAUUUGAAGAGACAGGAAUCCUCCUAUGUCUUGAACGUAAUAAUAAAAUAACUAACAGUUAUGGUCAGAUUUAUGAAAACUUUGAUCGACGUUACUGGCAGUAUCGUGUUCACAACGAUCAUAAACAGUUCUUGGCACUUUGUAAAGAAUUGAAUGUGGUUCCGGACUUAUGGUCUCUACACGAAUGGACUGCAUGGCUUACACCCACAACACUUACAAAAAGGUUCGAAACCGCUUUUUAUGUCGUGGCGAUGGAACAUAUGCCCGAAGUACUUUUGGAAAGUAAUGAAGCUGCGAGUUUUAUGUGGAAGACUCCUGUGGAAUUCGUUACUUUAUACUUCAGCAAAUAUUUGUUUCUUCCUCCACCACAAUUGUAUGAACUAUCGCGACUAUGCCAUUUCACUCGAUUGAAUGAAUUACUUGAGUUUGCGCAAGUACGCUCCCAAAAAGGCAUUACACUUAUGUUACCUGUUGUACAGCAGUGUAUUGACGGCAGAGUGAAUUUGAUGCCGGGUGAUGAUCUUUAUCCUAGUGAUCCUACACAGGAUUCAAGCUCAGUUGAACCUAUCAAUAUCUCAAUAAAGCAAUAUAGAGAAAUGGCCAAGAAUCUGCACCGCAUGGAGUUCUUCAAUAACAAUAAAGUAAUCAUACAAUUGAAUUGUUCCCUUGCUGAUGGCCAUUUACCACCUGUCAACAUAAAACAAUGAAUUAUGAAAUUUUUGAUUUAAUUACAUUGCUGGAAAUUGAAAAAAAAGAAAGGUGCUAUUGUUAUAUAUUUAUGUUGUAUAAGAUGCAGAUGUAAGACCAUUUUUUGAAGAA